AUGUCUUCCAGGACCAUGGAAUUUCCCAGUUAUAGCAUCAGACUUGGCAUGCUCAGUGUUGUAGUCGUAGCUGACGUUAGAAUAAUAAAAAAAAUAUUGGCAAAAGACGAAACACUUGAAAGACCACCUCUCUAUUUAGUUACUACUGUAUUUGAAGGCAAAGGACUUGCACAAGCUGAUCUUGAUCUAUGGAAAGACCAACGUAAAUUUGUGGCAAGUUUUUUAAGAACAGUAGGAGCCACUAAAUUUUCACCUAAUAGGAAAGCGUUUGAAACGCUGAUAAAGACGCACGUUGAAGAAUUUGUUCAAGUUGUAAAAAGUCAAGCAUUUUACAAACCCGUGGAUCCUUCGGAACUUGUAUCCCAUUUUGUAAGUAGCAUCGCUAGCAAUUUACUUCUGGGCAAACCAUUUUCUUUGAACGACAAGAAAGUUGCUGAUUUAUCACGGAAUCUUAACUUUUUCAAUAAGUCAAUACUGUUCGGAACUCCAUUGAACUUACUGCCAUUUCUACGUUUCUUGCCGCCGUACAAGAAAAAAUUGACGCUGGUAAAAGAAGCUGUCCAAAGAGUUCGCGAAAUUCAAAGGAAGCUGGUACAUGAAUGUGAAAAAUCGACUUGUGUGGAUUCUCCGUCAAAUCUUGUUGAGGCUUUUCAACUACAAAUAGCCGAAGGCAAGCCUGAACACAUUUACAAUGUCGAUCAACUACAUCGUCUUCUAUUUGACCUUUAUGUUACUUUUACUGAAACAACGACAAAUUCUUUACUUUGGAUUUUACUCUAUUUGGCGCAAUACCCUGAGGUUCAGAAUAAAAUACGACAGGAACUCUUCCACGUGUUAGAAGAUAAAACGGUGGAAGUGGACGAUUUGGUCAACUUACAAUACAUUAAAGCCACAAUUGCCGAAGUCGCACGGAUUAGAAGUUUAACACCAUUGGGAAUUCCACACAGUACCUCCGAAAAAAUUUGCAUUGAGGGAUUUACGAUUCCAAAAGGUGUAAUGAUAAUGCCGUUAUUAUGGGCAAUACAUAUGGAUCCACAAUUUUACAAAGAACCGGAAGAAUUUCGUCCUGAAAGAUUUUUAGACAGUCAUGGACAUUUUUUUAAACCGGAGUCAUUCCUUCCAUUUCAAAGCGGUAAAAGAAUGUGCAUUGGUGAAGAGAUAGCAAAAACAACUGCAACAAUUUUUAUUGCUGGUGUUUUGCAGAAUUUUAGAGUCGAGCGUGUUGGCUCGACACCAUUAGAUUUGACUGGUUACUUACACAAACUAGAUCCAGCAGGCCCACACUUAACCUUAACAAAGCUUGUUCAAAAAUAUGGACCUGUUUAUUGGGUUAAACUUGGCUCUAUUAACACCGUCGUCAUAGCCGACGCAAAAAUACUGAAGAAGUUGUCAGCAAAGGACGAAACACUUGGAAGACCUCCCCUCUAUAUUUUCUACACCGUAUUUGAUGGCAAAGAAUAUGUAUCCUGUUGUGUUAGUAAUAUCGCUGGUAUGAUACUUAUGGGCAAAACAUUUUCGUUGGACGACAAGACGGUUACUGAUUUGGCAGAGAACCUUGAUAAAGUAAUUGAAGCCAUAGCUUUUGGAGGUCCAUUAAAUUUUUUGCCAUUUUUACGUUUCUUACCAAUGUUCAAAAGAACACUAACUUCAUUAAAAAAGUUUGUUCAUAUAAUACGUGACGUUCAAAAGAAACUAAUAAUUGAAUGUCAAGAGUCCAUGUCCAGGGUCAAAACUGAUAUUGCAACUAAUCUUAUUUAA